UCUGUGCGUUCGGGGGGGAAUCGACCCUGUGACAUGUAGCUGCGGCCACGGAUCGUUCUCACAGCCGCGGUGAGUCACUAAUCGCGGGUCACGUCUUCUUCCAGCUGGACGUCCUGCGCUGGGGUCGCAGCUCGGACGCGCCGCGCCGCGGGGACGCGCAGCUCCUGGAUGUAAACAAACCGCAGCUCUGUUAAGGUGGCGCGUCACCAGCAGCUGCAGCCAGCGAGCGACUCCAUCUUUUUAAAGAAAACAACAUUUCCCUGCUUUUUAAGUUCGCUAACUCCGCGUCGGCUGCGCUGUCCCCGAUGGAGACGAGCACCGGGCCUCGGUAGGAGCCCACAGCUCCGGGGACCAUGAGAAGAGAGGAAGGUUCGAUGCCCGUGGCCAGCGAGAGAGGGGCCGACCAUCCCUGCUGCUGCAGCCGCCGCUGCCCACUCCUCAGCCCGCAGAGAGCCGCUGACCCGAGGCCUCCUGGUUCCUCCCGCAGGUCUUAGAGAAGAAGACACGACAUGGAGACGGUGGGGAAAUUCGAGUUCAGUCGCAAGGACCUGAUCGGACAUGGCGCAUUCGCUGUUGUCUUUAAAGGGAGACACCGAGAGAAACACGACUGGGAGGUGGCAGUAAAAUGCAUAAACAAGAAGAACCUGGCCAAAUCCCAGUCCCUGCUGGGGAAAGAGAUCAAAAUACUCAAGGAGCUGAAACAUGAAAACAUUGUGGCGUUACUGGACUUUCAGGAAACUGCCAGCUCUGUGUACCUGGUAAUGGAGUACUGCAAUGGGGGGGACCUCGCGGACUACUUACACUCCAAAGGCACGCUGAGUGAGGACACCAUCCGGGUUUUCCUGCAGCAGAUUGCAGGGGCCAUGAGGGUCCUGCAGUCCAAGGGAAUAAUCCACCGGGACCUCAAACCCCAAAACAUCCUGCUCUCGUACCCACAGGGACGCAAGUCGCACUCCACCAACACCUGCAUCAAGAUUGCGGACUUUGGCUUCGCCCGGUACCUUCAGACCAACAUGAUGGCGGCUACGCUCUGUGGCUCUCCUAUGUACAUGGCCCCUGAGGUCAUUAUGUCCCAACACUAUGAUGCCAAGGCGGACCUGUGGAGUAUAGGGACCAUCGUGUUUCAGUGCCUGACAGGAAAGGCUCCUUUUCAGGCCAGCAGCCCUCAGGACCUGCGGCUGUUUUACGAGAAGAACAAGAGUCUCAGCCCAAACAUCCCCCGUGAGACGUCCAGUCAUCUGAGGCAGCUGCUGCUGGGUCUGCUGCAGCGCAGCCACAAGGACCGCAUGGACUUUGAUGAGUUCUUCUCUCAUCCUUUCCUGGAGGCGAGCUCGUCAGUAAAAAAGACGACUCCGGCUGUGACCAUGACCUGUUUCCCGAGCUCUGCAUCAGCCAGCUCCUGUAGCAGCUCCUCCACCUCUCAUCUCGCUUCGCCACCGCAGUCUCUUGCUGAGGUCCAGCAUUUGCGGGCCAAAGCUCUGGCCUCCCCUACCCAGGAGGCCACCGGUUUUCUCCUCAAGGACUCGUCUGGGGGGGGCUGCAGCAGCAAGAACUCCUCCUCCUGUGACACGGAUGACUUUGUAAUGGUGCCGGCUGACUUCCCCGCCGCUGAGCUGACAUGUGAGAGUAAAGUGCUGCAGGACAGCCUGGUGAACAGUGGCUCUCUUCUUGCCUCUGCUGGUCUGUGCAGUCAAGUCAAAACACCCCCACACUCGCCCCCCCACAGCGGCUCUCCCAGUCAUGUCAGGCCCAGCGAGUUCUCUGGAAGUAGCUAUGGAAACCACAGCAAGUCAUCGCCUAUCCCAGUCCCCACUCAGGUCCAGAACUACCAGCGCAUGGAGCAGAAUCUGCAAUCUACUAAACAGGAUGGCUCACCACGGUUGUCGACACCGGUGCGGCGCUGCAGCAGUGGAAGCUCGUUGGGCUUCGCUCGGGUCGGACCUUCACCACCACACGUGCAGGCGACUGUCACCACGACCCGCAGACUCUCGCUGGGAGGCGCUCGAACUUUCCAGCUCUCGCCUCAAGCUCCUCAGCACGGGGAGCCCCGGCCGACUUCUCAGCAGCAUCCGCAGAGGGCAGGACUGGGAACUCGGCUCCACAGUGCCCCCUGUCUUUCCGAGUGCGUCACUGGUGGCGCCAGGCAGAAGAUCAGGAAGCAGCACUCGGACCCGGUGGUCGGCCCCUCGUCGGGCCUGAUGACCGUCCGCCCCUUACACUCGUCCCCCCGACUGAGCGAGCUGAUGCAGCGCAGCCCCCUUCCCACCAUCCUCGGCUCCCCCUCGAGGGUCAUCCCUCCGUUUGAAUUCCCCAAACCUCCCAGCUCCCCGAACCUGGUGACCUUCCUCACGCAGCAGGGACUGGUCUUCGGCUCUCCGUGCAGCAGGACUGCCCCGUCAGAGCCCAGAGACCCAGGACAGCAAGCCCAGACUCAGGUCAUCCACCGACUGAACGAUGACCCCAAGAGCUUUGGGAGGUCUCAGAGUGCCGGCCGUCUGUCCGACAUGCUGCUGAUGGCUGCGUUUGGACCGGGCGGCCCUGGGGGUGAACGAGGCAGCACGGAGAACCUGACCCCUGACAAAGCCAUAGAAAUAACAGUGACCCCCGGUGGUGGGGUAGGCCUUGCACCUGGAUCCAUUAGCCCUGCACAGGUGGUUUUCACUGUGGGCUCUCCUCCCAGCUGCAGCACCCCACCUCAACCCUCCCGACAGAGGAAAUACUCAGGCUCCUUCAUAUCAGUCAGCCCCGCAGGCUCCUUCACGAGCCGCUAUCCUCAGACAGGCACCUAUCUGGACGGCUUCGAGGCUCCUUCCAGUCCUCGCUACAGUUUCACUGAUCCCAUCACAGCCAACAUGGGAGGCCCAGUAACCUUUGAGGCACCGGAGCUGCCUGAGGAGACGCUGAUGGAGCAGGAGCACACGGACACGGUGCAAAGCCUCCGUUUCACGCUGGACUUCGCCCGCUGCCUGAUGGAGGUGGCCGGGGCCCGUGGUAUCGCGACGGUGGGGGAGCAGCUGGAGGUUGCUCAGGCCUGCCUCGUUCAGCAGCAGAGCCUGGUGGCCGAUCAGAUAAGCUCACUGAGCCGAGAGUGGAGUCAUGCAGAACAGCUGGUCCUCUACCUUAAGACUGCAGAGCUCGUGUCCACUGCCUUACACACAGCCAUGGAGCAGGUGAAACAGGGCAAACUCUACCCAUCCGCUACAGUCAAACAAGUCGUGAGGAGGCUGAACGACGUGUACAAGUCCAGCGUGGCAUCCUGUCGCACGCUCAGCACCCGUCUGGAGCGCUUCUUUUCCAGGAAGCACCGUCUAAUGGACCAAAUCACCUCCAUCACAGCUGAGCGGCUGCUGUUCAGCCACACCGUGCAGAUGGUUCAGGCUGCUGCGCUGGACGAGAUGUUCCACCAGGGGGAAGCAUCGGUCCUUCGCUACCACAAAGCUCUGCUGCUAAUGGAGGGCUUGUCUCUGCUGCUCACUGAACAGGAAGACAUCCUCCGUGUUAGCAAGUGUAAGGAGUGCAUUGAACGCCGCCUCACCGCUUUGCAGUCGGGACUCUGUGUCUGAGAGUCGGACUUCUGCAUGGUGCGCGUCACCAGCGAACUAAAUGUCCAUCAUGACAUGGAUCUCAGUUUCCAAAUACUUCAGUCUCCACAAAAUCUUCUGUUUUCACCAAAGCCUCCAGCUCUUCGAAUGGCUUUGUCUGUUUGGACAGCAGCAGUGACUUCCCCCCCCCCAGCAGUAAACCAGGCUCAGUGCUGGACAUGGAGCACUCACGCUGUAAAUGAAUGUCUGGUCUCUGUGAGAGGACUGUGCUCAUGGCACUCAGGAUGGUAUUUUUUGGAUUCCUCUCACUCGGCGUAAACACAUCUUAGGAGCAACUAUUGCCAAGUAUCCACGUUCAGCUCUUAACUAAAUAUAAACACCUAGCGCUGUAAGAAGUAAAUAUAGGCUACAGGCUUCAAAUUUGCAAUAAGUAAAUCUGUAGAUAAGAUCAGUAGCGGGAGGGAGGGACCAGUGUUCUGCUGCGCACCUACAUGAUGGACGUUGGCUGAUGAAGUCCAGGAGAGAGUCAUGCUCAUCACCAAUUCUUUGUCUUAUAACCUUUGUUGGCUUUGCUUGGUUUGUUCUGUCUUGUUUUAAUCUUAUUGUGACUAGUUGAAGGGAUGUAAAUAAGACGAUGUGGCAGUCGAUGAGCGGAGGCACGUACAGGUACUUUUACAAAACAGUUGCCAAAAAAAAUACUUUUUGCUUUAUGUUUGAUUCACUAACUUGGUUUGAGAAAAAUAGAAAUACUUGUGUUGACAUUUGAUUGAUUCUAUACUCUCUCAAGACCAAGAUCCCCUGAAUAAAACAACAGGAUAAUAAAGCCUCAUGUAGAAAAUGAGCAAAGCAAAUCCUGCACCGUGCACGUUACAGCUUUUAAUUCAAGAGGGACUGAAACUGGUCUGUUAGCGUCCCUGAUCACAAUCACAUUGAUGCAACUGGAGGUGUAUACAUCAGGGGUUGAGGUGUCGCUGUCGGAUUCUGUAUUCUGUCUUUUUAUGUUUUAUCUGUCAAUAAUGUCAGAGAGUUCGCAAGUAUAAUCAACUUUGAAUGCAGCGCUGACAGCAGAGAGACAUCGUCAAUAUUAUCCCGAUGUUAGUUACUGACUGAUCGGGGGGGCUAAAUGUUUUUUGCACUGUGAAAGUACUGUAGCUUGAGUGGAACAUGCUGAAUAGUUUGUGGACAUUGCUGGACAGAUUUUGCUCAUGUAGAGAUUUUCUACUUCCCUACUUUUAGUGCAGUUUUAGUUGAGUUAAUGUCCGAAGCUGAUGUGUGUUAGAUGUGUGAGUGUUGACGAAGAGAUAAGCUUUGAAACCGUAGGAGGAUUUCUUCAGGACAAAUCGAAGGAAAAGGAAAAGUUAGCUUUACACUGAAAAACAAAAAAAAAAGAUUUGCAUCAAUAGUGCUGUGUUUUAUUUUAGAGUAGCUAGUGGGUUGUGAUUGUGUUUGGUUUUCUCUUAAAAAAGUGCAAGUUGAUUUGGAGUGCUAGUUUUAUUUGUGCAAUGCUGAUAUGGACCUUCGACCAUACAUCCCCUUAACUCCCCUGAACUGUGGGCCAAUGGGAAAGGUCAACUUCUACUUGAGUUGCUUUGGAGGAGACGUUUCUGUGUGUGCAUGCGUGCAUGAGUGAAGUGAAGUGGUCGUGUUUGAGGUAUUAAAGUGGUUUUUUCCUGCUUUUUUUACAUACAAAACCAAAUCCACUGACAAAUGGAGGGUUCCUUUCGUAUGCCAGGCCCAGGACGACAUUCUUUUCCCUGAGGUGAAUCAUCCUGUUGUCUUUUGUCACUUAUUUAGAGGGUGAAUAAGUUCAUAUUUUAUCAUUUGUGUGGUGAGGACUGAAGAAAAGAAGGUGAAGCCAGUGUGGCAGCAGCAGCAGCAGCAGAAAACUGAGGAAAGGGUGUAUUUGAUUUGUGGCCUUUUGUGUGUUGUCAGAGAUCUCUUGUCUGAAGUUUUCUUUGACGCGACUCUACCGAGAACAUUCUCCGUGUGUAUUCAUCGUUUCUGUCAGUGUACAUUCCAUAUAUCAGCUCAUCCACAGACUCCACACGUGAUGCUGUGUUCAGCCAGGACACUGUGACUCAAGAGAUGGUAGCAGAGGGUGGUGGCCUCUUUUCUAAAAACCUGAUGCAUGUGUCACUUUUUUUGUUCCCUACAAUCAUUGCUGUCAGCCGUCCUAAUGACAACGAGGGGCUGGUAACUGCCAUGAGGAUCAUUUGUGCAGCAGCCAAAAAAUAUACAAUGAUAGGAGAACAACAGGUAGUAGGACAAGCACCUUUCCACUCUGCUGAAGUGUCCUCGAGCAAGUAACUGACUCCCUACCAGCUCUUGGAUUGCUGUUUAAAGUGAAAGUAAAUGUAACCAUCAUAAGGAUUAAGCCUUUGCUCUGUGCACUCCCACGAUAAUCUGUCCUACUCUCUCUGUAUGUCUGCAAAGAACAUACCUGAAUGUUUUAAUUUUCAUGUUUUCAUUUCCCGUUUUUCUGUAUUUCCUGUACAUAUUGUAAAUUAAGUUAUUGUUGUUAUUGUAUAUAUAUAUACAGUAUAAAUGACGCUGCAGGCAUAGAGAGGGCAGAAGCAUUGCACCUGCACAUUUCCAAAGAAAACGCCUCCUUCUUCCACGUUGUCACAAGAGCAGUUUAAAGCUGUGGGACACAACCUCAGCGUCCCCGUGUGAUGUAACCUUCACUGUUUGAGAGUUGCAACAUGAAUAAAGUGAAAGGACAGGUCUUAA